AUGCGGUCUUUCACCUCCCUGGCUGCGGCCAGCCUCGCCCUUGCCGGGUUCGCCGCCGCAAGCGAUGUCCACGACCUGAAGAAGGACAACUUUAAAGAUUUCAUCGCCGAGCAUGACCUGGUGCUGGCAGAGUUCUUCGCGCCCUGGUGCGGUCACUGCAAAGCCCUGGCACCUGAAUACGAGGAGGCCGCAUCUACUCUCAAGGAGAAGAACAUUGCUCUGGUCAAGGUCGACUGCACCUCCGAAGGAGACCUGUGCAAAGACUAUGGUGUCGAGGGAUAUCCGACCGUCAAGGUCUUCCGUGGCACUGAUAACGUCAAGCCGUAUCCUGGUGCCAGAAAAGCGCCUGCCAUCAUCUCAUACAUGACCAAACAACAGCUGCCUGCUGUCUCCCUCCUCACACCCGAGACCCUUGACGACUUUAAAACAACCGAUAAAGUCGUCGUCGUGGCUUAUAUCGCUCCGGACGAUAAAGCAUCCAACCAGACCUUCACUGCACUCGCCGAAUCGUUAAGAGACGAAUACAUCUUUGGCGCCUCGAAUGACGCUUCUCUCGCCAAAGCCGAGGGCGUCAAGCAACCUGCCAUCGUUCUGUACAAGGACUUUGACGAGGGAAAGAGCACGUUCGACGGCAAGUUUGAAGACGAGGCCAUCACCAAAUUCAUCAAGACCGCAUCCACUCCUUUGGUUGGCGAGGUUGGUCCCGAGACCUAUGCUGGAUACAUGGGCGCCGGAAUCCCUCUAGCUUACAUCUUCGCCGAGACUCCUGAAGAGCGCACCUCCUUGGCCGAGGCUUUGAAGCCAGUGGCUGAAAAGUACAAGGGCCUCAUCAACUUCGCAACCAUUGACGCAAAGGCUUUCGGUGCCCACGCCGGCAACUUGAACUUGCCCACCGACAAAUUUCCAUCCUUCGCCAUCCAGGAGACGGUCAAGAACGAGAAAUAUCCCUUCGAUGGCAACAAGCUUACCGAGAAGAACAUCGGCAAGUUCGUCAAGUCCUUCGUUGACGGCAAACUCGAGCCCAGCAUCAAAUCGGAACCAAUUCCGGAGAAGCAGGAAGGCUCUGUCACAGUGGUUGUGGCUCACUCCUACAAGGACAUUGUCUUGGAUGACUCCAAGGAUGUUCUCAUUGAAUUCUAUGCUCCGUGGUGCGGACACUGCAAGGCACUUUCCCCCACCUACGAGAAACUGGCUGAACUCUACACCUCGAAUCCUGACUACAGCUCAAAAGUGGUAGUGGCCAAGAUCGAUGCCACUUUGAACGACGUGCCGGAUGAGAUCGCUGGAUUCCCCACCAUCAAACUGUACCCUGCCGGAUCCAAGGACUCGCCAGUUGACUACUCUGGCUCGCGAACCAUGGAGGAUCUUGCGGCUUUCAUCCGCGACAACGGCAAGCACGGUGUCGACGGGCUGGCGGCCAAGGACGAGGACAGUGAGAUGGAAGACGUGACCUCAUCCGCUAGCGACACCCUGGCCAAGGCCGCCCCUGCAGCCACCACUGCCGCCGAAGAAGCCGGAUCUGGUGUCGCGGACGCCGUCAAGACUGCAGUCAGCGGGGCAGCUGCGGCGGCCAAGACGUUCAUCGCAGACACCGAUGAUGGCGGUCCUCAGGAACAUGACGAAUUGUAA